ACUCCCUCCUUGUUCUAUCCCCCAAAACCCUUCUAGGGUUUUUGGUACUAAUUUUGAUCACUCAUACUAUGUGAUUGCACUAAUACAAUGGUUGAGAAAGCUAACAAGAAGCACAAGAAAGGCUUCAUAAGCGAAGUAGACAUUUCCUCUCUCUUACAAAGAUACACAGCAAACACUGUGUUGGCAUUGUUGCAAGAAGUUGCUCAAUCUCCAGGAGUUAAGCUCGAUUGGAAUGCGUUAGUGAAGAAGACGUCAACCGGGAUUUCUAAUGCCAGAGAGUACCAGAUGCUUUGGAGACAUUUAGCUUAUCGCAACACUUUGCUCGAAAAAUUGGAAGAUGGGGCUUCGCCUUUGGAUGAUGAUAGUGACUUAGAGUAUGAAUUGGAAGCAUUCCCAGAUGUUAGCAGUGAAGCUUCAACUGAGGCUGCUGCAUGUGUAAAAGUUUUGAUUGCUUCUGGUUUACCAAGUGAUUCCAAUCUCCCAAAUAGAUCGACAGUGGAAGCUCCCCUGACAAUAAAUAUUCCUAAUGGUCAGUCAUUUAGAGCUUCAUUGGAAAAUUCUCAGCCUGCUUGCUUAAUGCAAGGGAUGAACAUCACAGUUCCAGUAUCGGUGCAGAAACUGCCCCUACCUACGGCAACAACUACAGAAGGAUUUGAUGGAAAUGGAUCGAUAAGUGGUAACAUGCCUCCUCGAAAGAAAAGAAAACCGUGGACUCCUGAAGAGGAUGUAGAAUUGAUUUCUGCUGUGCAGAAAUGUGGUGAAGGGAAUUGGGCAAAUAUCUUGAAAGGAGACUUCAAGUGGGACAGAACUGCUUCACAGCUAUCUCAGAGGUGGAAUAUUCUUAGGAAGAAACACAGUAACGUGAAUUUGGGAGCCAAUUCAUCUGGCUCGCAACUGUCUGAGGCGCAGCUGGCAGCUCGUCAUGCAAUGUCCCUUGCCCUUGAUAUGCCAGUGAAGAAUAUAACAGCAUCCUCUACAACUGCUGGGGCGCCUUCAAAUCCUACAGCUAAUAACUCUGUGCUUCCCACUUCAAAUGCUGAAACUUUGCCAGUCGGUAGCAGCAGCCUUGUGCAAGCCCAAGCUCAAUCUCAGCAAGGCCCCAAUCAAACAAAAUCUUCUCCGGUUGGAUCACCGGGUUCUGCAGCAAAAUCUCGAGUACCCCCUAAGAAAAUACCAAUAAAGACCAAUUUCAGUACAGAUUCAAGUUUAAGAGCUGCUGCAGUUGCUGCUGGCGCUCGUAUUGUUACCCCAUCAGAUGCCGCAUCAUUGCUCAAGGUUGCUCAGGGGAAGAAUGCUAUCCAUAUCAUGCCCACGGGUGUUUCAUCAAUAAAACCUUCCAUCACUGGUAGUGCCCCAGCCCAUUCAGAGGCUUCUCCUACGGUACGCUAUAUAAGAAUGGGCUUGGCAGCUACAUCACCCAAUGGUGCUUCCACAUCAAGCGCCUCACAGCCUGGUUUUUUCAAAGCUGCCUCACCAAGAGUUCAGCAUAAUACGUCUUCUGAACAGACUAAUGCUGUUAUCUGUAGUCCAGCCACUGCACUUCCAUUAAAGCCAGAGGUUAAAGCAGCAGAAGAGAUCAAAGUUUCUGAUUUAUCCAGUGUUACAGUAAAUGAAGCUAGUAAAGAAGUUCAAGCAGAUGUAGCAACCUUUGAAAAACCGGACCUGGGAUUAAAAGAUGAAGAAAUCAUUUCCGAGGAUCCUAAUUGUUCUAUGAAAAUGGAGGUGGUUGAGAAUGACCAAGUACACGUUAGUGGCAACCAGGCUGAAGGGAAUCAAAAUGAAAACGUUGAUAAUAUGAUAGAUUCACCUAUGAUGGAUUCACUGGUUAAGGAAAAUGAAAAUGGAUCUGCAGUUGAAGAUAAUUGCGAGCUUCAGAACCCUGACAAGAAACCGGGAACAGAUGAAUGUAGUGGAAAUCUGGAGGUUUUAAGCGAAAUAAAGGCCAGUGAUGAGAUGCAGGGAUGAAAAAGAAAGAAUUAUCUUGUCCAAAUUCACUGACUUUUUUGACUUGGCCUAUAGUUAACUUGUUUCAGUAAAUUGUACUGUAAAUUUCUUGCUCAAGUAAAGCUAUGAAAAAGUAAAUGAAUUAAUCAGUAUCCUUUUUAGUGUAGCUUCUUCUCAUUCAUUACCGUUGGUAAUGAUGUUGGGUUUUUCAAUUUAACAAGUUUUAGCUCCUUGUAAACAAUAAGGUCAGGUCAUCAGGUACUGC